GAAUAAGUGCUCUUGAAAGCGGCUCUCCGUUUAAAAAGCCUGACAUGUUUAAAUCGGAAGGAUCCCGAACAGAUGAUUGAUGAUUGUCAGCUUGGAUUAUCCCUCUAGCAGGUCGUAACAGGACAAAACAGCAGGGACCGCAAAAAGAGUGAGGGACAGAGAAACGGCGUGCUGGAGGAGAGAGCGAGAGGGAGAGAGUGUGUGUGAGAGAGAAUAACACAGAGAUCAACUUCACAAGACAUUUAUUGUUGAAAUGCAACACGGCUGAGUUGCAGGGAGGCAAGACGCUGUUCAGCGGCACAUUCAAGAAAGACGCGCAGGUUGAAGAAAACACUAAGAAGGACAGAAUGAUGUGCCAUACACACUGUUUUUGAAAAGGACAGAAGGAAUGUCUAGUUUGAAGAAUAGAUAUACCUUUGCGAUUAUUAAAACAUCGGAUUCCCGAAAAAAAGGACAUUGAAAACAUCUGACAGAAUAUAUAUUGAAACGUAAACUACGGAAUACAAUUCCCACGACAGACUGACUGGAAAACUUAAAAACUCGAUCUCAACGUCGUUUAACUUUACAGCUUUUCCAUAUCAUUACUCUUUAAAGCAAACGUUCAAAUCACCCACUGAAGAAAACUGGGGAAAACACCUUGGUCUGUUGUAUCUAUUACGACUCGCAUCAGAAGAAAACGCGAUUGCACCUUAUCACACUUUGCCAGACGGAAGCCAGCUCAACCGGAGGCUUAGGGACAAAAUGUUCACAUUUUUGGUCGCCCUUUGCCAUAUGAUAGCAGCAGCCGAAGCCGCGUACUUCUCACAGCAACCUCAGGACCAGGUUGUGGUGUCUGGCCAGUCGGUGACACUGCCCUGCGUCAUCGUUGGAUACCGUGGCAUGGUGCAGUGGACCAAAGACGGUCUGGCUUUGGGGGGAGAGAGGGACCUGCCAGGCUGGACACGCUAUUCUCUGAUGGGCGAUGCACUCUCCGGGGAGCACAGCCUGCAGAUAGACUCCGCCGAGCUGGCCGACGAUGCCGUGUACGAGUGUCAGGCCACGCAGGCGGCGCUGCGCUCUCACCGUGCCAAACUCACUGUGCUAGUGCCCCCAUCUGACCCGGUGGUGGAGGGAGGUCCGGUCGUAAAGCUGAAAGCCCACACCCCUCACAACCUUACCUGUAGAGCUUCAGGGGCCAAACCAGCAGCAGAGAUCACCUGGUACAGAGAUGGAGAGAUCCAGGACUCUGCCAUUUACUCCAAGACGCUAAUGGAGGAUGGCAAACGGGAGGUGGCGGUGAGCAUGCUCCCACUUACACCCGAAGACAAGGACUCGGGGAGCAUUUAUACCUGCAGGGUGCUGAACCCGGCGGCCCCAGGUGGACGGCAGACCUCGGUCACCGUCAAUGUGCAGCACCCGCCUUCAGUGACUCUGUCUGCCCAGCCACAAACAGUGAUGGAGGGAGCCAAGGUCCUCUUUAUUUGCAUGGCCUCUGCCAACCCAGAGAUCACAGGUUACAGGUGGUCAAAGGGUGGUGUUCCCAUACCUGAAGCCAACGGAGACAGGCUGGAGGUGACAGUGGACUACUCCUACUUCACAGACCCGGUAUCCUGUGAGGUAUCCAAUUCUGUGGGCAGCACCAAUGUCAGCACACUUGUUGAUGUCCAGUUUGGUCCCAGACUGUUAUCCGAGCCCAAGCCUGUGGCUGUAGACAUAGGUAUGGAUGCAGCCUUCACCUGCUCAUGGACCGGCAACCCCCCCUUAACCCUGGCCUGGACCAAGCAGGGCUCCAGCGUGGUUCUCAGCAAUGGCAACACCCUGCAGCUGAAGGCUGUCACACAGGAAGAUGCUGGCGUCUACACCUGCAAAGCAAUCGUUCCCAGGAUUGGGGUGGCUGAGAGAGAGGUCACUCUCACUGUCAAUGGCCCCCCCAUCAUCACUGCAGAUGCCACACAGCACGCAGUCAAGAACUCCAAGGGCAAGCUAGAGUGCGUGGUGGACAGCAGCCCCCCUCCUGACAAGAUCGUGUGGACCUUCGGGGACAUGAGCCUGGCCUCUGGCUCUUCGGGACGGUUCACUGUCCAGACAGUCACCACAGAUAGAGGGGUCCUGUCUUCCCUCAUCCUCUCGGAGACCCUUGCACAAGACUUCCAGCUACGUUAUAAUUGCACUGCCUGGAACCAUUUUGGAACUGGCACUGCAUUGGUCACUCUCAAGGAGCAAGAGGCUCUCCCUAUACUCAUCAUUGUGGGGACUUCAGUCGGGGGAGGCUGUGUCCUCCUCAUCUGUGUCAUCACCCUGGUCACCCUCUGUUGCAGAAACUCUGUAAAAAGUAAAAAGGGAACAAGGCUCUCUAAAAGUGACAUCAGAGUCCAAAUUGUGCACAGUGAUCACAAUGCAACGCGGAGCAACGAUGAUGAGGAAGAUGUCAAGGAACCUAUGGCCCCAAACAGCAGCGAAUCUCCAGGUACAUCUCGAACAGAACACAGCGACCUUCUAGAAGAGGAGGAGGAUGAGCGAUCUGAGAUCAAGGAUCCCACCAAUGGCUAUUACAAUGUUCGGGCUCAUGAAGAUCGCCAUGUACGCAGUGGUUUUUCAGAAUAUGUGUCCAAUCCACGGCCUGUCUAUACUCCAUCCCAGCUGGCCUCACCUAACCCGCUGUAUGGGCAGCACAGCACCCAGCCGCGGAUCUAUGAUUUCUCCCAUCGCUAUGCCACCACCACGGGUGCACGUUCUACCUAUGAGCAGCAGCAGCAGCAACAGCAGCAACAGCAGCAGCAGCAGCAGGCACAGCAGCAGCAGGGAAUGUACCCCCCCGAGCCCCUGUAUGGCAGCUCUGCUUACCUGCCCGCCACAUACGGCCGUGCCUUUACGAGCUACGUCAAGCCCUCCACCUAUGAGAAGGUGGACGCCUACGAUCACUCGGAUCAAGCCAGCAAAGUGUCCAGUUCCUCGCGUUUCUCCUACGCUUCCUCCCAGGUGUCUUCACAGCUGUCUGACUAUGGCCGGCCCUCACACCAGCGCAUGCAGACACACGUUUGACAAGACGGAGAGGCUGCAAGGGAUAAUAAGUGAUCUAUUCAAGCAUCUCCUCUAUAGGCUACAUGGAUACUGCUUUUCUUUCCCGUGGAAUAGGUCUUGAAGAGGACCAUUGGCUGAAGAUUUAAGUUUUUUGGGAAUACUGUUUUUAAUUUAUUGUGUGUUAUUGUUCAAUUGGAUCUGUAUCUUCUUAUCCUCUGGAUGAAUUGGAGCUUCUGAUGAUGAAUCCCCUUCAAGUGUGUUUCACUGUUUAAUUUUUUAAGGAUGACAAAGGCAAAGCCACACUAGUUUUACUGAUGCCAUCUGCUUAACUGUUAUUGAUUUAUAUCGUGCAUGGGAAGGUGUGAAUUGGAAAUCUCCUCUUACCAAAUGUCCCAUGGCUGUAGAGUGAAAUCAGGACUCAAAGACUUGCAUCUGGUGAACUUAAGAUUUUU